AUGCUCAUUCUAGACGGGCCGCCCUUGAGGCUGGCUUGCGAUCGCUGCCACAAGAGAAAGCAGCGAUGUACUCGAACGGGAAUCAAUGACAACAAGCCGUGCGAACGAUGCAGAGAGGCGGGCUCCCAGUGCAUCUACAGUCCACCAAGCAGACUAGGACGACCGAGCAAUAAGGCGAAACGAGAGCGACAACACAUUAGCAACGGCAAUAUAAUGACCACAAGGAGCCGCCCUUCGUCCAACACAACAUCACCUACUCCUCCCCCUCCUCCGUCUCAUUCGUUCUCUCUAUCCGCCUCCUCCGUCUCUCUUCCGACAUACAUGCCCAUGGCUAAUGGCCAAAGCAAUACGAAAAUCAGGAGAUCUCACAGUACUAUGGCGGCCGCUUCGUUGAGGUUCAAGCCUCCUUCCCCUCCUUCGGUAUCGUCUCAAGUUUCGGACACAACGCCGUCUCCUUCGUCUUACAAUUUUGGCUCUCCGCCCCUGCACACUAUGGAUGCAGCGGGUGCAAAUGUGCCUUUCCAGAAUUUCCAAAUGCCGCGAUCACAGCCACAGCAGUGCCAUCAGCAGGCUGUUUCAGGAUCCACGACGGUCCUAUCGUCAGAGCACUAUCCUAGCUCCGUGCUCGUUGCGCCCGAGCAGCAGUCCUGGUAUCCGCAUACCCAAGAGCACGGUAAUAACAUUAUAUUCGACUCACCGACAUAUAACGAUGCGACAAUCCUUCUUGGACAACAACAUCCACGUCAGCAACCGCAACCGCAACCGCAACCUCUUUAUACCAUUGAUACAUGGCCGAACUCGCUGGUGACUCACGGAGCCCUACAGCUUCAAGCAGGUCAAGAAGCGCCCAGAAUGGCAGGCUCUGAUGGAAAUAUAUAUUCUCGAGGGAAAUGGAGUGGCCAGCCAGUCGCAGAUCCACAAGUCGCGAUGAAUCUGGGGAUUCCAGUGACAAUGGCCAUGGACGGCAAUGAGCCGAUGUAUUAUUACUGGUAA